CAGCCCGCCGCCAUGGCCUCGCGUGAGAUGGUGAAUUUCGUCCAAUAAGCGAAAUCGACAUGUAUGAACUAUGAGCAAAAUAUUAUAAUAUUGAUUUUUGGAUGAGCAGACCAACGUAACUCGUAUUUUUAUUCAUUUUUGAGUUCCUAACAUAAUGUCACAUGCCCCUCGACAGUCCCCAAGACGAAGGCAUGUGUUGCGUCCAAUUAAAACGGACAACUUGGAGAAUGCCAACAACAACAGCAGUGACCCUGACGCAGACCCAGAUGUCGAUGUCACCAAAAUGAAGACGCUCUUCGAGCGCACCCCCAAAAUAGUGCCGUUUGCCACGCCCCGUCAUCCGCCUAAGCAAGGAAUGGAGGAAGCGGUAGUUGGCCGGGGCAAUGGUGCUUUGGGCGUGGUGAGAAACCGAUUGGAGAAAACGCUUCUUGGAGGAGACAAUGAAGAUGAAGAAAAGCAUGUCAGCCCUAGUCUCAGGCAGCUGAGGAUGACACCUGGCAGAGCGUUGCAGAAGCAGAAGAUACUGGAACGCAAACACCACGAGGCCAAGUCACGGGCGCACAACCUGGGUGUCGGUGGGGGCGUCAGUCUGUGGCCACAGAUGGAUAAUAUGAGGUUGAGUCAACGAGAGGUGGCAGCCCUUAGUGCCGUGUCACUCCUAUUGAUUGUGGGUGUCGCCAUGCUCUUUCAGCACCUUCAUGGGGCUGUAGUAGACAGACUCAAGUCCUUCAACAAGCAACUGGCCAAGUUCAGUGCCGUGAACAAGAUUGAGGCAACAAGUCAGGAGGACUUGGACAAGUCUGUGCUAGGCUGGCACCUGGCAUUCACCAAUCUUAUGGACUCCAUACAUAUAGAAUUUGACCCCCAGUGGCUCAAGAUCUUUGGCAUGUACCACAUAUGUGCAGUAGUCUACAUCAUCUGCAUUGCACUCUUACUUUAUUACCUGGCUGAGAAUGUGUUCACCUCCAGUCGUCUGACACCACACAGGAUAAAAAUAUGGGUGUCUCUGUUGGUGGUGACUGGUACAUGGAGUUUGUUGAUGGUGUACCUACUGAGCCAAGCUCAACAGCUGGAGACCAGAGUGGAGGCUAAUGUACAGAUGCUGAGUAACUAUCUGAGUGACUUAGUCUUCCUGGACCUGAACCUGGAACGUUAUAAGAAUGUCCUGCUCUACUGGCAAACCCGCUGCCUGCCCCCGACGACAGCUGGCACCCUGAGCAUUAUGGGAUUGCUGCAGGUACGCGACGUUGCGUACUACCUGCAGUACUACAGCUUGCCCAUUCUGACAGCUCUCGUGACGCCUGUGGUGCGGCUUAUGUUAGCCCUGAAAGAAGUCUACAGCACAAAUGCUGGAAAGAAAUAAACCCUCAAUCGUCCAUUUGUUUGAUCUCAAAAACAUUUAUUUCCUCUUUAUGGAAACAUUUCUUCAUUGCCCUUGACACGUUUGAAGUUAAGUAGAGGCUAUAUUGUGUCAAGCUUUGUCUUUUUGGAAGUUUUUUAUGCAAUAGCUUAGCUGCUUUAGCAUGAUGUAAAAGAU